AUGCCGACUUAUCAGGUGAAUGUUCGCUGGGGGAAAACUUUCCUGAAUGACCUGAAGCUGAACACCGAUGAACCUCAUGCACGCCGCCUUCAUCGGCUUUUUUUCUUCCUCCCACAGGCUUUUCAAACACGUUUGAGCAAGUUAACGGGAGUAGAACCUUCACGACAAAAGAUAGUGGCAGCAGGAAAGACGAUCAAUGGAGACUCUUGGGAUGUUGCUCGAAUCAAGGAUGGAGCGACUCUAUUACUUAUGGGGACUCGCGAGGAGGACUUACCGCUUGAUCAGCAAUCCCUGAGUGGGAUGUCAGAACGAAUCCCUGACGCAACUACUCUCACAGAGGAUGCACCCACAUUCAUACCUAAAGGUUUGGAAAACCUGGGCAACACGUGCUACUUGAACGCCACCAUCCAGUGCAUGCACAGUGUCCGCGAACUGAGGUUCGCCCUGCGGGCGUUUCAAGCUCCGACAGGUGUCGCAUCUGCUACAGGCCGAUCAUCAGCAGUCUCAUCGUUGGACGAGGCUCGACUAGCGACUGCGUUGAAAACGUGCUUCCGCGCCUUGGACGAGCCGCCGCGAGUGACGGCCAACAAUGAGCUGAGUUCCUACGCCCCCACUGCCCUGCUCGCCGCCUUGUUCAAGUGCAUGCCCGGGUUCGCCGUCAAGAACAGCGACGGCACGUACGUGCAGCAAGACGCCAACGAGUGCUGGACAGAGUUGAUGCGAGUCCUGCAGGAUCAGGUGAAGCUGGCUGCUGGUGCUGCAGUCGACAAUGACAUGACGGUUCUGCUGCAAAAGAACUCGUCGUCAUCUUCGUCUUCGGACGUCGUCACGGCCUUGUUCAGAGGCAGCCUGGAGUCCACCUUCACUUGUCUGGAGACAGACGAGGAGCCCGUGACGCGGCGGACCGAGAGUUUCCUCCAACUGCCCUGUUUCAUCAACGCCGACUGCAGAUACCUGCAGCAGGGUCUGCGGACCCGGUUCGAGCCCGAGAGGCUCACCAAGAGGUCGGAGGCGCUCAAGAGAAAGGCUGACUUCUCCCGGGUGUGCAGGAUAACCCGUCUGCCCGUCUACUUGACAGUGCAUCUAGUCAGGUUCCAGUACAAGGAAAAGGAGAAGGUGAACGCCAAGGUGCUUCGAGACGUCAGCUUCCCCAUGCGACUGGACGUGUACGAGUUUUGUGCCCCAGACUUGCAGAAGCAGUUGGACGAGGCCAGGCGCCGUGCAUCUGAUGCAUCGAUGAUCAUCACAGACGGUGACGACGACGACGUUACGAUAAAUGGGAAAAUAAGAUCUGCAGCAUCACACGGAAGAGACUCCUCUUCAUCGCAGCAGCCGGGGCUGGUGCUGGUGGACGAUGAUGAUGCUGCUGUCAAUAAUAACAACGUCCGGCGACGACGAGAUGAUGUCAGCUCCAGCACCAAUAAUAAUAACAUCUCUGCUGUUGGCUUCUACGAUCUGCAAGCAGUGCUGACUCACAAAGGCAGGACUUCGCAGAGCGGCCAUUACGUGGCAUGGAUCCGUCGCGAUAACGGCGGCCACAACGGAAACGACAGCUGGUUCCAGAUGAACGACGCCGUCGUGACGGAAGUGAGCAGCGCCGACAUCCUCAAGCUGUCGGGCGGCGGCGACUGGCACUGCGCCUACGUCCUGCUCUAUGGCCCUGUUCGGCGGCGGCAGCAGCAGCAAUAAUAAUGAAGAGAUGAUGGCAAAAAUGAAGUCAUCCUUACAUUGAUUGUAACUAUAUCUAUAAAAAAUAAACGACAUAAAUACAUGGAUGAAAAUAAGUCGGCCGGCCAUGAGCAGCUAGCUGCAGCAAUAUACACGUUGAAGUCCAAACUCAUCAACGAAUGAAGGCAAACAGUACUCUUUCCUGCCUCCCAAAGGCGAUAUCUUUUCCGCGUUACAAUAUCUGAUUCAUUUCUUGCUGCGUCCGUGUCUCAGCCGACGAGAUUCGCCAUCUCGAUUCUCAAUACAGUAUAUAUAUAUAUAAAGUACAACAGUG